UCUUGCGAACGACAGAAAUAGCAACCAAUUGUGCGUCUGCAUCACAGACCACCAACCAAUGGGUGGUGGCACCGCUGAUUAUGUUCCUCCAAUAGGGAAGGGGCAGAUGGAGAGGAGUCACUUCCUGGAGACUUCAGGUGUGGUAGCCGGCACCUCGCCCAUAACCAGACAGGGAUCUGAAGCUGGCAGGAUGAAUGUGGGGGUGGCACACAGCGAAGUAAACCCCAACACUCGAGUGAUGAAUAGCCGAGGCAUCUGGCUGGCCUACAUCAUCUUGGUAGGACUGCUACAUGUGGUUCUACUCAGCAUCCCUUUCUUCAGCAUUCCUGUUGUCUGGACCCUGACCAACGUCAUCCACAACCUGGCUAUGUAUAUCUUCCUUCAUAUGGUGAAAGGGACACCCUUUGAGACUCCUGACCAAGGAAAGGCUCGGCUACUGACACACUGGGAACAAAUGGACUAUGGGCUCCAGUUUACCUCUUCCCGCAAGUUCCUGAGCAUCUCUCCUAUUGUGCUCUAUCUCCUGGCCAGCUUCUAUACCAAGUAUGAUGCUGCACACUUCCUCAUCAACACAGCCUCAUUGCUCAGUGUACUGCUGCCAAAGUUGCCCCAGUUCCAUGGGGUUCGUGUCUUCGGCAUCAAUAAAUACUGAGGGAUGGGUUUGGGACAGCUCCACGGGCAUGGGGAAGGCACUGAAACAGGACUAUAAAAAAUCUUUCUCUUCUCCAUACCAUCUUCUACAUCCUGAAAGCCUGAGAACUAUGCAACCUUUCCCAGACUCCCAAGAAAAGAAGAGAUUGGCAAAUGGGGCUCCUAGGCCCAGUCCUGCUAGCGGCAAGUUUCUUUACCGGGUGAGGUAAGGGCCAGAUCGCUCUCCUCCAUAGCAGGAAGCCAUUUGGGCAGCUUGUUUGGUGAUUACAUCUUUCCAUAUCUUCUACACCUACCACCUUCCAGCUCUGUUUUGCUGUGUAUUUUUCUUCUAAUAAUUUUUUUCAGCUAUGGCUGCAGUUUAAUCAGCAGGAAUGGUAGAGAGCUUGUCCUCAUAAGGCUGGCGGGGGCGGGGGCGGGGAAAGAUGGAAUGCCUAAUGUAGUCCUAAUGUAAAAAACUUAAAGCAAUUCUCCAAUCCCCUCUACUUUGGUCCAGUAAGAGGUGCUCUUCACUCUAGGCUUAAACUUAGUAGGGAUCAGAUUCUCAAAUGAGAAAAAGGGCUCUAGCUGUAUGGGCAAAAAAGAGGGAAGAUACAGGUUGCCAGUUAUACAUUUAUAGAAAGAUAAUCCCUGGCUUUAAAUAGAUAUGUACAUACAAAUAUGAACAAACUUAAAAAAAAAUACAAAUCCUUG